AUGUCACAAACUGUAACCCAAACUUCAACGUAUGCGGGAGCUGUAUCCCAAUAUGAUCCAAGAUACAGAGGUGGAGGAGGAGGUGGAGGAGACGGCGGAGGACCCUCCUAUACAGAGAACCCACCGGAGCUCCCACCUUUGUCAGACCUUAAAGGCAAGGGACAGAGUGGUGGAGGAGGAGGCGGAUAUGAUGGUAGUGACAAAGGAAGCAGCAACGGUGGAGGAGGAGGUGGAGGCGGAGGCGGAGGCGGAGGUGGAGGAGGCGGUGGACCGCCAGAUGACUACCCACCUCCUCCAUGGACGGAUUCAUGGGCUCCCACUCCAAAUGUGGACGAUGUACCCAAUGAUGAGCUUGCAAGCGUAGCCUUCACCCAUUUCAUGAACAUGAUGCGGUGA